AUGCGAAUGGAAACGCUACGUUUGUAUCGCGCUAUCUAUCGGGCGGCAGGAAAGAUGCCGACACGCGAUCGCACUAACUAUGUGCGACGUCGUUUGCGUCAAGAAUAUGACGAGGCACGGCAGGAGACUGACCCGGAGCGAAUUGCAUUCUUGCUUCGGUUAGCAGAGACACAGCUGGAGACGGUGGAAGUGCAUGCAGAGCACCUGAGCUCCAUCUUUGCGAGUCCAGAUUACCACCGCACAUAG